AUGGCUCUCAACGCACACAAACCCGCGCACCUCGUUGGGCCUCUCCGAGUCAGCCUGCGCGGACACCCUCUGCUCGCCUCGCCUCGUCUCAACAAGGGCACCGCCUUUCCCAUCUCAGAACGCAAGGCCUUCGGGCUUGAGGGCCGCCUGCCCUACCGCGUCAACACCCUCGAUGAGCAGUGCGAGCGUGCAUAUGGUCAGCUCAACCAGCGCGACACCGCCAUCCGCAAGAACACGUUCCUGCAGAGCCUGAAGGACCAGAACUGGACGCUGUACUACGGGCUACUGGCGAGGCAUCUGAAGGAGCUCGUGCCAAUUAUCUACACGCCCACGCAGGCGGAGGCGAUAAUGAACUACUCCGAGCUAUUCAGGAGGAGCGAAGGUCUUUACCUCACGUUCCCCGACCGAGAUCGGAUGGAAGAGGACUUCCUCGAGCAGACACGCGGUCGAGACAUUGAUUUGUUCGUCUGUACGGAUUCGGAAGCUAUCCUCGGAAUCGGAGAUCAGGGCGUUGGGGGAAUCGGUAUAUCAACGGCGAAAUCGGUCAUGUAUACAUUGGUUGGAGGUCUGGAUCCUUCGAAGUCUGUCCCUGUCGUUCUUGAUGUUGGGACUGACAACAAGACCCUCCUCAAUGACCCACUCUAUGUCGGCUGGCCUGAGAACCGUAUCCGAGGCGAGGAAUAUGAUAAAUUUAUCGAUCGGUUCGUCCAACUCGUGCGCAAGCACUACCCCCAUAGCCUUCUGCACUUUGAAGAUUUUGGGGUUAAGAACGCGCAUCGUCUCCUUGACAAGUACCGUGAGACGCACGCCGUGUUCAACGAUGACAUUCAAGGAACCGGCGCUGUUACCCUAGCUUGCAUCAUGGCCGCUGUUGGGGUUUCUCGGCGUUCUCGGGCAGCCUUCAAGGCCUCCUCCGCCUCUUCAUCUUCCAGCACUUCACAGAGCAUCAGCAAAGACCGCCUCUCAGACCAACGCUUCGUCAUCCUCGGUGCCGGAUCCGCCGGCAUGGGCAUCGCGACGCAGAUACGUGAUGCCAUGGUCGCCGCGGACGGUGUUUCUCGUGCUGAGGCGAAUUCGAGGUUCUGGAUGGUCGAUAGGGAGGGGCUUUUGUUCGAGAAGGAGGAUAACCAAGCGGAGCUCCAGGCGAUGGACGUGAGGAAGAGAGAGUUCGUCAGGCCAUCGGAGGAAAGGUGGGAUUUGGUCGGCUUGGCUCGAGAUGCGGAAGACGAGACGAUCGAGUGGGAGGGCGUUGACCCACAUGUGAAGAAAGACGCACCCACGUCGCAAGUCCAAGCAGCGGGAAAACUUGAUCGCGAUAUUGAGUGGGAAGGUAUUGACCCAAAUUCGCAAACCACAGCGUCGCCUUCCUCUCAUCCUCGAAGUCCUGGUGACCCGGUCAGCCUCCUCCAUGUCGUCAAGGAAGUCCGGCCCACGGUUCUCAUAGGAUGCUCGACUGCUUCUGGGGCAUUCAAUAAGGACGUCAUCCAAGCAAUGCUUGCAGGUACGGAAGAGGGUGCGCGGCCGAUCAUUCUUCCGCUCUCGAACCCAACACGUUUGGCGGAGGCCGUUCCCGAGGAUUUGAUGCACUGGACAGAGGGGCGGGCCCUGGUGGCGACUGGAAGUCCAUUCCCACCUGUUAAGAUGAGUGUUGAAGGGAAGGACGUCGAGUUCAAGAUCGCAGAGUGUAAUAACGCCCUGAUCUACCCUGGCCUUGGGUUCGGCGCCAUCCUCGCCCAGUCUAAACGCAUAACUGACACGAUGCUCAUCGCUGGAGCGAAGCGGCUCGCUGCCCUCUCCCCGCCAUCUCCGAAUGCAACGUUCAGGACGGCGACCAAGUCUCAGCCUCCGACCCCUACGAAUACAACGGCGAAUCCCUCUUACCGGACUUCAGCAUCGCCCCAGGCGUGA